GAGAGAGAGAGAGAGAGAGAGUAGGAAAGUGUGUAGAAGAGCGAGAGAGAGAGAUAGAGUAUGUGUGUGUGUGUGCGCGCGCGCGUGUUGUGUGUUGUGUGUGCGCGCGUGUGCGUGUCCUCAUACUUAAAUAUGCGGCGUCUGCACGGAGCCCUUAAAGCUGAUUCCUCGCGCGCCGGUGAUGUCAUUUGGGACCACCGAUCGACACAGUAUGUAAUAGAAGUCCCCUGAAGCUGAACUCUUCUGGAUAAAGGGGAAGACAAUGUCGCAGACAGUGUGGGCUCUAAUCUAUCUCCUUCUGUUCAGGGCAGGAACUGCAGGUGAAGUGACGUUGCAGUGCAGAGUUUCUCCUGCGGGGGCACUGCACCCUGUUCACGCUCAGCUUGAACGCUUUGAGGCUGGGCCAGGCUGUGCUGCCAGAGAGGGUGGGGCUAAAGAGACCCAUGUGAUCGCUGUAGCAAGACCCAAUCACAGCACUGACAAACUGGUGACAGUGGUUCUGAGGCCACUGUCCUACUCACAUCCUGUCCAUCGCCCAGUCAUUCUUGUACUGAGUUCCCAGCAUGCCAUGCACUGGGUUCUGGAGAGCGAUGGGCUGCCGGAGAAUCUCCACAUCCUAGUGCAGGUCCCGGCGAACUCUACGCUGGAGAAAGGGAGUGUGUCGGCUCGUGUCCAUGCCAUCCCCUCAUUGCCAUGGCGACCUCGUGCUUUACUGCGCUGGACCCUUCAGCGUCAUGCAACCAUAUCCUCCCUUACACACUCAGCCAGUGCCAACCGCGUCUACCUCCGCCUCGGAGAGGAUCCCAGCAUGCCGAGCGUGUGUCGCCUGCAGUCUCUCUUUCUCUCUCACAACUACAUGGCGUCCAAGCUGCAGGGACAGGAAGUGAACGGAUGCGCUUCCUCAGACAGACUCUCCAACCCGGAAGUGCACGUCAUCAAGCUGUGGUCUGCAGGCUCCGGACUCUGUGGGUCGUUACAGGUGGAGGUGUCUGUCUCUCUGCUGCCCCCGGUGGCUGAUGCUGGGUGGUGUAACGUAGUGUUAGUGUUGAGCAGUGCUGCUCCAGUAAACUGGGCUCUUGUGACUCCGGGUCUCCGUGGCCACAUCACAGUUCACUCAUCUCACAGUGUCACACCUCUCUAUCCUCCCAAACCCGACCUCACCAUGAGCAGCAUCAUCGUCCCUGACCUCCUCGCAGCCCCUGACUUGCUUGCCUGGGCCAAUCAGAAUGGCUAUCCCUCUGUGAUGUCAUAUACAGAAGCUCAUCUAGCCAAUCGCUUUGUGAUCAAGCUGAAAGGGGGCGGGGCAGUGCAGGCUAUGAGGGAGGCGAAGGCGGAGGAGACGUGGCUGAGACACUGGCUGUCUCAUGAGGUCAGCGAUGGUGUGGGCAGCAGGAAGGUCGUCAGCGUGCAGUGUGUGGAUGGACGCCUCACUGUCUCUGUGGAUAAAAGCUCCUUACAGGCUCUGGCUCUGUCCGUUUCGGCGGUGACCCUGAGGGACCCCUCGUGCCAGGCACGUUCCAACAGAAGCCAUUUCCUGUUGGCUUUUCCAGUCAUUUCCUGUGGGACUGAAGGAGAGAUGGAGCAACAUGGCAGAGAAGUGCAGUACAAAAACACGAUAUUGCUGUGGCGGUCUAAGCCUUCACUGAGCAUGCAGGGAAAGAAGGAAGAGAAACCAGCCAAUGAGUCGACUCCACUGGUUAUACAUUUCAGGUGCACAGCUCCUCUGCCCGCACUCACCAGCGCGUCUACACCCAGCACGUCCUCCAGGCCACAGGGCAUGCUGCGGAGUGGGAGUGGCCCCGGCCCUGCCCCCGACUCGGGCCCACCCUGGCUCCCGGUCGCACACGCCGGUCCUCUGCUCUCCAUGCGUCUGUUUGCCACAGACAGGUUUGAGCAGAGAGCGGUGGGGCCCUGCAUGGUGACGGUUCGUGGACGAGUGUACGCCGAGAUCUCAGGCAGUAUGGAGGUCAGUGAAAGGUUGGAGGUGCGCUCGUGUGUGUUCUCUCCUCUAUCAGACCCGCGUACUCAGACCAGCUGGCCCAUCAUCCGAGACUUCUGUCCCGUAGACUCGUCCUUCAUCACGCACACGGAGACACGGACAGAGCACAGAGCGGGUGAGGACGGAGACAGAGACACGGAGAAUGACAAGGGAGAAAGAGAGGACAGCAAUGAAGAAGGACAGGAGGAAGACGAGGCUGAGAGAGAGCAGGACACCGGAGAGGACGAGGAGCUUCUUGUUCCAAAAACGAGGGAGGAUGAGGAGGGUACAGGGACGAGGAGACUUCCAUCAGACAAUCAGAGAGAAAAACGCAUACGGGGAAGCAGAGUCAGGGUGUCCAGAGAAGUGGAGGUGGGACAGCAGACAGAGAGGACGGAGAAGACGGUGCAGCUCAGGUUCAGCUUUAUUCUGCGGCCCGUGUUUAAUAACUCCAUCCAGUUCCUGCACUGCAGCCUGGAGCUGUGUGGAGACGCCACUGAGACACACAGAGACUGCACACACACACCUGCUCCCACACACACACCCGCAGCUCGACAGUGUGAGUACAGGAACCUGUCCAGGCCGGUGUUGGUCACGUAUCUCCCUGAUGCACUGGUCGGUCUUGUGCCGCCUCCUGCUGGUAAACUGGCUCAGAAGCCUCGUGUGACAGAGACAGUGAUGCCCAGGCACAGCUCAUCCAGUGGUGUUGCGAGCUCGGUGUUGAUCAGCGUGAUUGCUGCGUUCCUGAUGGGGAUCGUCAUGAUGGGUGCGCUGUGGUGCAUCUACUCCUGCACAGGGAGACCUGCAACUGCACGUAGAAACAGUCUCCAGGAGACCCCGAAUUCCUGGAGCCCGAUGUCUCCGCUGGAGCAAACCACCAGCUCGGUGUAGAGGCGCUGGAUGACAUGAACAAGUAGAUGAAGAGCGUACGUGUGUGUGUGUGUGUGUGUGUGUGUGUCUACUUCGCUGGGUUCCAACUGUAAUUUCACGAACCGUGGACUUUAUAAACUCAUUACUGAGCCUCAAUGUUCAAAACCUCCGUCUAUUAAACACUGAAACCACUUCAAUCAGCACCACUGGACCAGAUGUUGACCUUCAGAUGUGCUUAACGACCUGGCUGUUAUGUUAAACCCCAGCGCUGUUGAGUUCUGGAUCCUGAUUGGUCAGAAGGUGAUUAGUUUUCUAGAACAGUUUAUUUUAACGCGCUCGCUCUGACACGUCACCGUUUCUAUAUGGAUUACAAAACGCGUGUAAUCGUCGCUCUGGUGACGUUUUCUGUUUAUUUAACGUUUAUGGAAGGAGUCGUCAGCAUCAGCACUCCGUAACAGGUGAAGCUGGAACGUUUAGUUUUCCGACAUGUUCGGGACAGGUGAUUUAAAAGCUUUUUCCACGUUACAAUUUCUCUGUAACAUGACAGGUGUUUUUUUUUGUGUUUUUUUUUGUCUUAUUAAGUUUAAAAUCGCGCAUUUCAGCGGCAACAAUCACAAACAGAAUGAUAAACUCGGCAAAAUUCUGUACGGACUGAUUCGUCGACUGCAAAAGUGGUAACUCUCCGUGUCGGCCUGUAUCACACCACCGUCAUUGAUUAUUUUCCUAUUACAGCACGCCCCCCCCCCCCAACCCCCCCCCCCCCCCC